AUGCUGCUCGGCCAGCUCUCCGUCCUCCUGUCCCUCCUCGGUGGUUCGGCGCUUGCGGCGCCGUUCACCCAGAACAACGCUAGGUCGGACAACCCCGAUCUUGAGGCACGUAUCUCUGUCAAUCUCGGAUUCCCUUACGGAUCCGAGAAGAUUCGUGGUGUCAACCUAGGUGGUUGGCUCGUCAUUGAGCCUUGGAUCACCCCUUCGCUGUUCGACCAGACCGGUAACGACGGCAUCAUCGACGAGUGGACCUUUGGCCAGAACCAGGACCGCGGCGCAGCUCAGUCUGCCCUCAGGCGCCACUGGGACUCUUGGAUCACCGAGGACGACUUCCGUCAGAUCAAGGCUGCCGGUCUGAACCACGUCCGCAUCCCCAUCGGCUACUGGGCUUGGGACGUCUCGGGUGGCGAGCCCUACAUCCAGGGCCAGCUCGAGUACCUCGACCGGGCCAUUGGUUGGGCCCGCAACACUGGUCUCAAGGUCAUCAUUGAUCUGCACGGCGCUCCUGGCUCGCAGAACGGCUUCGACAACUCGGGUCAGUACGGUCACAUCGGCUGGCCCGACAGCGGCAACAACCUCGAGCGCACCAAGAACGUCCUCGGCCAGAUUGCGAAGAAGUACGCCGACCCCCAGUACUGGCAGGUCGUCACUGCCCUCUGCCUGCUCAACGAACCCGCUGCGUUCGAUGGCAGGGUCGCCAACGUCCUGAGGCAGUUCUGGCGUGACGCCUACGGUGCCGCCCGCUUCCCCUGGGGCAACUCGAACCAGAGCGGCCUCCUUCUCAUCAUCUCGGACGGCUUCCAGCCCCUCAGCUCGUGGAACAACUACAUGACCGAGCCCAACUACCAGAGCGUCGCCGUCGACAACCACUACUACCAGGUUUUCAACUGCGACCUGAACCGCAUGAACUGGGACCAGCACCUCCAGGACAUCUGCAACAAGCGUAAUGACUGGUGGAGCGCUGACCUCUGGCUCCUCGUCGGCGAGUGGUCGCUCGCCACGACCGACUGUGCUCGCUACCUGAACGGCCGCGGCAAGGGUGCCCGUUACGAGGGCAACCACGAUGGCUGCUCGUGGGUCGGCUCGUGCAACGGCAAGUCUGGCAACGGCGACAACUUCUCCAACGAGUACAAGCAGUUCCUCCGCAAGUCGUUCGACAUUUACACUCAGGCCAUGGAGCAGACCGGCGAGGGAUGGACCUUCUGGACCUGGAAGGCCGAGGAGGCCGCCGAGUGGAGCUACAAGGACGGCAUGCGCCUCGGCUUCAUCCCCCGCAACCCCACCGACCACCAGACCUCGCUCAGCUCGGUCUGCGGUUAG